ACUACAUCGGGCCAGAUCUGUACCGGAGCGGGAAUUGAUUACGGAAUUCGAUUGGUGUGCGGGAUUCUGUUUUCCGUGACAUGGCGUCUGCGCGGCAGAGGACUAGGGGCGGCGGCGGCUUCGAUCUAGCGGUGCUGCGCGCAAAUGCACUUUUGGUUCUCUGCUCGUGAACAACCGCGGUUCAGAAUAUUUGCAGCCUGGACUCCUGGAAUGGCCGGGACACUAGCAAGAUGCGCUCUGAUUCUCAGUUUUUCUCUACCAGUGUCGAGAUGUACUGAACCAGUACAUUGUAACGCACCGAGAGGGUAUAUGGACUACACUUUCUCAGAGCAAUGGCAAGUAUAAGUACGACUAUGCGACCAUUCCAUUUCUUGCAGAAUUUUUCAAGUUGUCAGUCUCGAGCUUCUUUCUUUGGAAAGAAUGCCAGUCUUCAUCACCACCAAGGAUGACAAAGGAGUGGAAAAGUGUGCGACUAUAUCUUGUUCCUUCAGUCAUAUACCUCAUCCACAACAAUGUGCAGUUUACGACCUUGACUUAUGUUGAUCCAUCGACCUAUCAGAUAUUGGGGAACCUGAAAAUUGUUACAACUGGAAUUUUGUUCAGGCUUGUCUUAAGAAGGAAAUUAUCAAAUCUACAAUGGAUGGCAAUUAUUUUACUCGCUGUGGGCACUACUACAAGCCAGGUCAAGGGAUGUGGAGAUGCACCAUGUGAUUCGGUUUUCUCAGCACCAUUCCAGGGUUACAUGCUUGGGAUACUUUCUGCUUGUCUUUCUGCACUAGCUGGAGUCUACACUGAGUACUUGAUGAAGAAGAAUAGUGAUAGUCUGUACUGGCAAAAUGUACAAUUAUAUAUGUUUGGAGUUAUCUUCAACAUGGGUUGGCUUGUCUAUGGUGACUUCAAGGCUGGGUUUGAGAUGGGUCCAUGGUGGCAGCGUCUUUUUAAUGGCUAUUCCAUCACAACAUGGAUAGUUGUGUUCAACUUAGGGUCUACCGGUCUGCUAGUGUCAUGGCUGAUGAAGUAUUCAGACAACAUAGUGAAGGUGUACUCAACUUCAAUGGCCAUGCUUUUAACAAUGGUUUUGUCUGUAUAUCUUUUCAAUGUGAGAGCUACAGUUCAGCUUUUCUUGGGCAUUGUGAUCUGCAUAAUUUCCCUGCAGAUGUAUUUUAUGCCUGUACACAUGCUAGUUGAAUUGCCACAAACAUUGCCAGCUACAGCGAAGUAGGUAGUCUACUGUUACCUGACAUGUUGAUCAGAGUGAUGGUGUACUGUUGAUCAAGGGAGCAGCGUUGUUGAGUGAGUAUCUUGGGCUCAGCUUAAAUUGAGUCAUCCUUUGAGGCUAGUGGGCUACAAUGUUCAAAAGAUUCUUCAGUUAGCAUCACGUUGCAGGGAAGGUAAAUAAUCAUUGAAGUGAACACGUGAUAUUAGUGGACAAAAGGCUAACUGCUGGUGGCUUUGCUAAUUUGUAUUCAGGUAGAGGAUGAAGGCUGAUUGCUAUUUUCUUUUGGAUUUAGAAAUGGAAAUAUGUACACAUAUUCUCCAGUUAGUUCGAAAUGGUUUACUAACCAUGCUCUAAAAUUUUGUCAUUCACAUGGAAGAGUAGAUACAGGACUGGUGACUAAAUAUGAGUUAUUACAUCCUUGAGGAA